AUGAAAUUACAAUCGGAAGUGACUUUAGUAGAACUAACCGAUUUAUUCAACUAUAUUAACCAAGAAGGGCGGUUUGUAUACUUGAGUAACCCGAAUUAUCUUCUAUUACUGGAUGCCCGAGAUAAGAUUGCAUAUGCGGAGGAUCACAUAAUAACCGCGCGGAAUGUGCUCCAGACGGACUCGGUGGAGUUUGUACCACCGUGUGACACGCAGUUGGAAUGCCAGAUGUGCGUUGUAGUUUACGACGGAAAUACCAGCGAUCUGAACUCGGAUGGCGCAGCAGUGAAAUGCGCACGGAUGAUAACAGAAAACGGUAGCCGGAACCCCGUGAAAAUUCUCAAAGGAGGAUACGAGCAGUUUUCUGCCAGAUACCCGUUCUUGAGGACGAAAAAGAUGAUUUAUAUGCCGAGAGAGCUAGAUGCCCUGAAUACAUACCCGCUAGAGGUCGUCCCAGGCAGACUCUAUCUCGGCAAGCGUCGGGCACAUCGUGUUCCGGAUGCCACACUGAUCGCGUGUUCAAGCACCUCUGCAGGUAAAAUCAUGCUUAAAGACGAUACCGGAGCAGUGCUCGUUUACUCCAACCUGGGCAUCUGCAGAAGCGUGGCCAUGAUUCUUGCCUAUCUGAUGUACAAACAACAAUGCACACUAAACCUUGCAUGGACUCACGUGAAGCGGUGCUGCGUGUCAAUGAAGCCGAACAGGGGAUUCGUAAAUGAGCUGACGCGAUGGGAGCGCCACCUGGGCAUAGAGCCGAAGACUGACGUCACUGCGGAUGUGAAUUAGUAAUAAAGUCUGCGCAUUUUUCGUGAUGUAGAGCGAAGCGUCUACUGGUGAUGCGUUGUUUAAUUUUCACAUGAAUUAAUAGAAUUUAUGGCGUAACCCAAUGCUCCGAAUCAAUGUGGCUCUUAAUUUAUUUGCGAUUGAUUCUUCUUUCCAUUACAAAUCACCGAUUAACUGCCACGCUCGAUAAUAGACGUGUCAACGCGUCAGGCGUUGUCGUUGCGUGGUUUCAAUAUAUAGGCAUGCAAAAUCAGUUUAUUGAAUUAUCAUAAU